AUGGAAGGAGAUUGGAUUGCUGUGAACCGAAUGGAAGACGUCGAAGAAACCGAUAAGUCGAACAGAAAAGAAAUGAUAUACAGUUGGUCGUACACACCAUCAGGUCGAUAUGCAGCUGAUUUUGAUUACAAGGAAAUUCAACAGCACAACGACCAGCCGGAUACGCAUCACUUUUUCUUGAGAUUUUUCGUAUUUGAUGUUCUCAAAAGAGAAUGGCGUCCCUACUCUUCCAACACGGGACCCUUCAAGAGAUUCUACUCGUUCUACUGGCUGCAUGAUACAUGUGCUAUUUUGCUAGAUUUUACAAAAAGGGACAGUUCAGUACGUCAAAAUGUAUUGAACUUCGAUCAUGUGAAGAAGACUGUAACAUGCGGUAUAGUGAGAAAUAUAGAAUUCGAUGUGGAUUUCAUGUGUUGUAGUAAAGAUCUAACUUCACAGAGAAUUUUUCAUCCAAGAGGAGAAUUAUUGCUUUUGUGUGGACAUCGUAGUUCCGAAAAUGGACUAGUUUGCCGAUUAGUUCCAUACGUUCCGUUUGUGGAUUUCUUCCUAACCACAGAUACAUUCCUGAUAGACACAGAGCACAUUAUUCGCUCUCUAACUUUAAAUGAUCGAAUCCGCGUGGGAGGUCAUCCGUUUAUGUUCGGUACAACACUGACUUUCCUUUUGUACAGCAGAAAUGCGACAAAAGUAUUCCACUAUAUAAAUUACACACUACAAAUCGAUAUAAGCACUGUGAUUGACGGGAGCGAAAUAAGUAUUUCAGAAAAACAUGCUCGAUUAAAUACGUUCUUAUUCCCACAAAAUCCCCAAUGGAUUCCAACUUUGAACUCGAUCCCAAACAUCUACAACACAGACAGAUUUGUUUUACUGUGGAAAGGGCAUCGACACAAACGCCGACGCCUGCGGAAAACAAAACUUUACGUGCUCGAUCUCAAACUUAAUGUCAUGCGACUGGUGCACUCAUCAUUGCUCAAGAGUGACUUCGUCUGCAUCCAUCCGAGUGGUUCGCUCCAUACAUUCAUUCAAACUAAAUUUGGAAUGAAAAUAUGCUACCUGUUUGUGUCGGAACCACAACCGUUUGGACUUGCUGAGGACAAAUGUGCCGCCAACAAAGGACAUAUUGUUUCGGUAACGAAUGGAUUUGAGAAUGCAAUGCUCGCUGGACAGCCCACGGCUUCCGCAACGUGUGCAAUAGCAUCAGCUCCGGAUGGCACUUGGAAUUCGAUUGCCUGUUCUACUGCGCAUCCAUUCGUUUGUGCAAUUCCCGAGAGCGCUCAUCCGGCCGUCACUUGUCCCACUUGUCCGACUCCCACGUGUCCAGCACCUCCACGUGAGCCUGGACAUUGUCAAUCGGAAUGGGCAUACUUUGCAGCGACAGACUCAUGUUACCGUAGAUUUUUGUGGGCAAAUUUCCUGAACGCUGAAGAGAUUUGCACGUCCAACGGUGGCCAUCUCACGUCGAUCCAUAGCGUUGAGGAAAACAGUUUUGUAAAUGAGAUUGCUGAGUCUGGAAAUGACUACAAGGACGACAGCGAUCUUACAUGGAUAGGACUGACACAGGCAAACUAUCCUGCUAGCAAAGACUGGACAUGGACGGAUGGAACAGCGGUCACCUAUCUGAACUGGGCACCGGGCGAGCCAAACGACAGUAAAGGUGUCGAGCAUUGCGCCCAGCUUCAUACUGAUUAUUUGGGUAAGGACCCGUCGAAGGAUAGCACCUAUCGACAUUGGAAUGACAUGGCAUGCACGACCAACAUGAGAGCAUUCGUCUGCAAAAAGCCAGCGCUGCACUAA